GGCGCCCCCAGCCACCGCGCCGCCCGCCCGAGCGCUGGCUGCCGCCGCCAUCGCUCACUUGCUUCCCCUCGCUCAGGGGAAAGGUCAGCAGCGUCCUGGAGCCGCCGUGUCACUCCCCGACAGCCAUGAACUGCAGCGAGAGCCAGCGGCUGCGAACCCUCCUGAGCCGCCUGCUGCUCGAGCUGCACCACCGGGGCAACGCUAGCGGCCUGGGCGCCGGCCCCGACCCGAGCAUGGGCAUGGGGGUCGUGCCUGACCCCUUCGUGGGCCGCGAGGUGACCAGCGCCAAGGGCGACGACGCCUAUCUCUACAUCCUGCUCAUCAUGAUCUUCUACGCCUGCCUGGCCGGAGGCCUCAUCCUGGCCUACACCCGCUCCCGCAAGCUCGUCGAGGCCAAGGACGAGCCGUCCCAGGCCUGCACCGAGCACGAUUGGGCCCCGGGUGGCGCACCGGCCGCCACCGACGCCGAGACUGCCGCCGGCUCGCCGGCCGAGGGGCGCCGCCUCGCCCCCGGGGGGCUGCCCGCCCUCGCCCAGGGCACCGUGGGGGUCUAGAACCACUGCCCCAGCUUGCUCGCUGGCACCCGCCUCAUCUCGCUUGUCCCUGGGCACGGCGCCCGCCUUUUCCUUUCCUCCCCUUCCAGGCUUCGCCUCACCUGAGGCCCAGACAAUGAUGAGAGGCCAGGAGACCUUGUCUGGAAGGCCCUGGAAGAAGUACAACCCUACCCAUUCCCCGCCAGUUUCUCCCUCCUCUCCCCUCAUGCCUCCACCCCCACCCCGCACAUCCAACUGCACUAAACUGCCUCUGCUCUCUUGUCUGCAGACAGCCCUGACACCACGCUCCAGCACUCUGGGAACUGAAUCCAACACAUCCAACACUUGGCAUUGAACUGAAGCAAUGAAGUCUAUCAGAACUCGGGGUCGUCUAACCGGCAGCUGUUCCAGGGACUGCCAGGGACUGCUCACUCCGCAGAGCCAAUGGGCUUGCCAUCUCUGCCAGGCCGGCUGCAGCAGCUCCAGCUUCCGGGCACCUUAGGGACAGAGACAAAGAAAAUGAAGAGACCUCAGACAUCUCUUCCUUCCCUCCCUCUUUCAGAAGGGAACUAGCAGGAGACUAGGACCAGUCUGUGGGAUAGAACUGACUUAAUGGGGACUGGAGAGGGAGGGGGCUCAAAGAGGAGGGAAGACCUAUGACCCCUUCUGUAUGGUUUUCUUGCAUCCAGUUGUCAUCCCAAAGGUAACUUGCCUGAUUUUUAGUAGCUUUGCCAUCUUCUGCCAUGGGUAAACAUUGCUGGGUGCAUCACCCCAAUGCUUCCAAAUGCCUCUCCUGUACUGGUUCAGUUGUUAAGGCAGCUGUCUGCUUCAUUCAUGGAACAUGAGGCUCAGACUUCGCCUGCUCUGUAACCUGGGGAAUGUCAGAGGCAGGUAAUAAAGUUUGUUUAAACAA